GGCGUUCCCUGUAGAAUCUGCCUCGGCUCUGCAGCAGGAGUCAGAAGGUGUGAACAAGAAGCUCUCACUCUGUGGGAGAUUUCUGAGAUCAGAAACGUGAGACAGGCUGGUCAGUCACUCACUCCCUGCAGGAAUGAAGCCGCCGGUUCUGAUUAGCUCAGAUCUGAUGGACCGUGUGGAGGCCAGGGUUCACUCCAGUGCUUCUGUUUUAAAGCUGGAGAACCGUAUCCUGGUGCAGGCUUCCUCUGUUCGAUCCGUGACCCCAGACUUAUCAUCUCCAACCUCCUCCAUCUCCUCCUCCUGUCCAGCACUCCAGCCAUCCUUUCUCUCCUCCACCCAGCUAAAGCAGGACCUUUUCCCUUUCCCCUCCGUCUCCUCCUCCAACCACUCUCCAUUCACAGCAUCCCCUGCUGGAGGAGGAUCUGCUGGAGGAGGAUCUGCUGGAGGAGGAUCUGCUGGAGGAGGAUCUGCUAGAGGACAUUCUGCUGGAGGAGGAUCUGCUGGAGGAGGAUCUGCUGGAGGAGGAUCUGCUGGAGGAGGAUCUGCUGGAGGAGGAUCUGCUGAAGCACAUUCUGCAGUAGAUGGUUCUGUUGCUGGGAUUUUCACUGGUUCUUCUGAAGAGAAAGAAUUAAAGUUUAAAUCUGAGCAGGUUCAUCGUCGCUACACUGAAAAUGUUUGCUCACAUACAGAAGAGCUGACUGAGGACGUGGAUCCUGAGGACCCCGCAGACCCCCAGUCACUGUCAGAGAGAGAGAUGAGAGUUUCUAAAGAAGAGAAGGAGUGGACGUGGACCAUCGAGCUCGCUGAAGAGUUUGGGGAGCUUGAAACAGACUCCAGUAAUGAAGAAGCCGAGCUGCUGAAGGAGAAGAAGUUUAAGCUGCUGAAUCUGGUCUGCUGCUCUCUGGUCAAUAAGAGCUGCUCUCCUGGACAGAAGGGCUGGGAUGAGAAAAGAUCCGUGUGGAGAAAAAUCAGGAUCCUGGCUGAAGACAUCACCCACAGUGAUCCAGAGUUUCUCCUGAAGGUGGCUGUCUACUCCAGGCAGGAACUGAACAAACACCUCAUGGCUAGUUACCUGAUAGCCCUGGCUGCCUACCUGCCUGCAUCCAAGCCACACGUGAGGAGGUACUUUUGCGCUGCUGUACGGCUGCCGUCUGAUUGGCUACAAGUGCCGAGAAUAUACAGCACGUGUUUCAGCUCAUCUCUGCCCACAUGUCUGAAAAAAGGCUUGGUGGACAAAUUCAAGCAGUUCAGUGAGAGUCAGCUGGCCAAGUACUGCACACGACGACGGAGGAAACACAAAGCUGCGAAUAACUCCCCUGAACUGUACAAGAAAUGGGCGGAGCUCCUCAGGUCCAACACCUCCACCCUGCAGAGACAGUUGCAGAGGUGUGCUCCUGUAAAUGAGAAGCAGAGUGAGUUCACUAUGCAGAAUAUGAUAAAACGUCUCCAUAUCAAAGAGCCUGCAGAGUUGGUCAUGAGCAUCCUCGGGAAGAAGUACCCUGCUGAUGUAAAGGCGUUUAAGAACAGUGGUCUGAGUGGUGAUUGGCUGAGUGACCGCGCCGGUCAGAGAAUGAAACUUAAACAGCCGGACAGCUGGCAGACCACACUGAGCCGAGAGGGAAACACGGCCAAAACCUGGGAAAAGCUCAUAGACAGUAAAUCUCUGCCCUUCGUUGUGAUGCUGAAGAAUCUGAGGAACAUCAUCAGUCAGGGUAUCAGUGCUGAUCACCACCACAAAAUCCUGAAACGACUCAGAUCAGAGUCUGCUGUGAUCCAGAGUAAGCUCCUCCCCUUACGAUUCCUCUCUGCCUACAAAGCCAUUACAGAGCUCAAAAAGUCUGCUGAUGGAACAGGGAAGGCGGACAGUUCGAAGGCUGUGCUGUUGGGGAUUCUGAACAGGUUUAAGAGGAGCAAGUGUUUCCGGUACAUGGACUGGUCUUCGGAGCGCCGGCGGAGGCUGCGAGUGACGAUGGGAGUGCCGUUUAUCUAUCGACUGCACAGCGCCAACCGCAGAUUUCUGCUGAGAGCAAGGCAGAGGAAGUUCAGUCAGGAGCUGCUGGAGGAUUACCUGCAGGCUCUGCUGAAAGCUGUGCAGAUUUCCUGCAGCUACAACAUCCCUCUAAUACCUGGACACACCCUGAUCUGCAUUUCCCAUUUCAGUAGUGGAGUCAGCUGGUAUGAGCAUUUCUGUCCACCUGCAGAACCAUCAGAAGACCAGCAGGAGACCAGUUCAGCUGCUGGGUCUCAGCUGACCGCUGUGCCCCUGGCUGUGAUGUUGGGAUACGGCUGUGAGCACUCACAAGUCCUGCUGACAAACAGCAUUGAAUGUCAGGAGGCGGAUCACUGGUCCGGCAGUCUUUUGGAUCGUGUGAGAGACACAGUGAAGCAGAUGGAGGGCGAUUGGACUGAUACAGAGGGGAAGCGCUACAGUGAUGUCUUCUCUAAGCUCUCUGAGGACAACGCAAAGCUGGAUAAUAUAAUCCUGAUGACUGAUGACUGGCAGGAGUCUGAGACUGAACUGGAGACUGAACUGGAGAAAUAUCGGAAGAAGUCCAGCAGUGAAGCUCUGGUGGUUAAUGUGAUGGACAAGCAGGAGAAGGAUGUGAGUGGUGAUCCUCACACUGUGGAUGUGUUUGGCCUCAGUAAUCAGAUGCUGAGGUUUGUUUCAGAGAGAGGAUCCUCCAGGCUGCUGGAUCAUGUGGAGCUCAUGCACACGCUGUAUGAUGUUCCUCCUCCAGCAGAGCUCAGAAAUAAACCUGAGAGAGCUGCAGACCUCGUUCCACUGCCCACCACACCAACGCUCAGGUGGCGUGAGGUGCGUGUGUAUAUCUCUUCAGCGUGGCGGGACAUGGGCGCUGAGAGGAAUGUUCUGGUGCAGAGUGUGUUUCCGGAGCUGCGUCGGCGUGCGGCUCCUCACUGCCUCUACCUGCAGGAGGUGGAACUGCGCUCCGGUGUAACGGAGGAGGACCUGGCCCGGGCUGUGGAGCUCUGUCUGUCGGAGGUGGGCCGCAGUCAGCUGAUGCUGGGAAUACUGGGAGAGAGAUACGGGCCAGUGCUGCCUCGGCCUGCGCUGGAUAAUCUGCCUGAGGGAAGCUGGCUGGGCACCGACCCCUGCAGCCUGUCAAUCACAGAGAUGGAGAUUCGUCAGUUUCAGUCUGUGUAUCCCGACUCUGCUCAGAACCGCAUGUUCUUCUAUUUCAGAUCUCCACAGCUGCUCAGCUCAGUUCCUGUGGCAUGGAGAGCAGAUUUCACAGCUGAGUCGAGAGAAUCAGAGGAUAAACUGAAGGACUUGAAAGAAUGGAUCCGGAAAAACGAGUUCCGAGUAAUAGAAAAUUACCCGUGUGAGUGGUCCGGGGUGGUGGGCGGUCGGCCCGCUGUGGGAGGACUGGAGGAAAUGGCGAAGGCUGUGACGGAAGAUCUCUGGACAGCUUUACAGAAGCUCUUUGUGGAGGAAGUAGAUGAGGCUGAUCUUAUUAAACAGCAGGAAAUGCAUCAGGAAGCCCAGCGACGGCACUUCCACGGCAGGAGGAAGUUUAUUUCUGCUGCGACGGGGAAGGUUCGAGAGUCUCAGCGAAAAGGAGGGAUCCUAUUGGUGGAGGGGAGUCCUGGUGCGGGCAAGACGGCUUUCAUGGCUGCUGUUGCUCACGCCCUCAAAUCUCCUGCAUGUCAUGUAAUUUCCUACUCCACAACUGCUAGCCAAUCAGCUAGGAGCAUUAGCCACAUGUUGCGCUGUUUGGUCCAAAGUCUGAGGAAGAUGAAGGAAGUAGAGGAAGAGCUGGCUCCAAGUGUAUCCUACAGAGCCCUGCGGUCUGAGUUCCACCUGCGCUUGGCUGAGCUUGGAGAAGAUCCACUGCUGGUCUUGCUUGUUGAUGGAGCAGAUCUUGUACACGAUGCCAGAGGUCAGAUGGUCUCUGAUUGGAUACCAGAGAACAUUCCCAAGGGGGUGUGUCUGGUCCUGAGUGUCUCCACAGGUUCAGCUCUCUGUAACUCUCUCAGUAAGAGGAGGUGCUGUGUGUCAUUUCCGCUGGGACUAUUACCCUGGCCUGAGCGCUGGGACGUCCUGCUGAAGGAGCUGGGUGUGUGUGGAGGGGAACUGAGGGAUUCAGAGUCCAGCAAACAGAUGAUGGACAGUGUCCAGGCUCUUCCUCAGUCUCUGUGUGAGCUGGUUCAGCACACUCUGCUCAGGCUUCAGGCUCAGUUUGGGAUUGCAGGGCUGGACUGGACACUAGCUGCUCUUAGUGUCAGCUCCACUGGUUUGAGGGACAGAGAUCUGUACACUCUGCUGAACCUGUGCAGCGACCUGAGCUCCAGUCAGCGUCCCCCAACCUGGCAGGAAACGCUUCAUUUGGCCAAGAACCCAAAGAACAGAGUGCCCAUGAUGGUGCUCUGCCAGCUGGCAGUAACUUUGCGAAGGUUGAUCCAGCCGUCCUUUUCACACUCACCAGACGAGCCCCUCGCGAUGACCAAUGAGGAAGUCCGAUCAGCUUUCAUGCAGUUCUGUGUUUCUACAGAGGAGGAUCUGAACAGAGCUCAUUUAAUAUUAUCAGCUCACCUGUGGGUGCGAUCAGACCCUCACGAGAACAACACCUUCAUUCACUGUGACGUAGAAGCUCUGAAUUACCUGCUAACUCACCUGAUGAAGUGUGGACAGUGGGAGCAGGUACAUUUCCUGCUCUCCAGUUACUACUUCCUGUAUGCUAAUGUUCGACAUGGACUCCUGCACCCCCUGCUGGAGAGCUUCUUUUUAUUUCCCCUCACUAUCCUCUCCACAGAUGAUGUUUGGCAGUGUGAAGAUUUCCUGAAGCGCCACGCCCCCCUCCUCUCCCAUUGGCCGGCUCUGUUUGUGCAGCAGGCUCUAAACGAGGCAGAUGACUCCCCCGCCCGAGUCUGGGCUGAGAGGAUCGUCCUGCAGGGAGGAGUGAGGGCACUGAAGAGGCUGAAUAAAACCGGACCCUCAGAGCAGCAGGACGGUGAGCUGGUGUCCAGGUUGCCCUGGGCUCCGUCCUGUGUGGCUGUGAGUCCAGGGGGCGUGUUUUUAGUGGUGGGGACUGAGAAAGGCAUUCUGCACAUUUUCCUUUUAGACACUAAACAGGAAGUGAGGUCACUGGUCAGCACCUGUGAUGGUAUCUCUGGCUGCAUCUUCCUGGAGGAGAGUGUGGUGUGCAUCACUUCAUACAGCGGUCAGGUGGAGGUGUGGGAUUUUCAGUCUGGCUGCAGAACGGCCCGUCUGAAUGUCCACUCCAGGAAAAUCACAGGAUGUGAUGUCAGCUCAGACAGGAAGCUGUUUGCCACCGUCUCGCUGGACUUCAGUCUGAAGGUCUGGUCGUCCCGAGGGCUUCAGCAGGUGGCUUCUCUCCUUCAGCCCUCUCCUCCAAACUGUGUGACCUUUGACCCCGCGGGGAUACUGGUGGCUGUGGGCUGCUGGGACGGAGCGGUGCGAGUGUGGAAGUGGAUCGAUAAGCAGGAGCACAAGACUCUGAUUGGUCACGGCUCCUCUGUGCGCUGUGUGCGGUUCUGCAGCUCGUCGUAUUUGCUGUGUUCGGGUAGUUUGGACGGAGAGGUGCGGCUGUGGUCACUUCCUGCAGAGAACUGUAUGUGGCGCCGUCAGGCUCACUGCGGUUCUGUGGAGGCUCUCAGUUUUCUGGCUGAUGAAGAGAUCAUGCUGAGCGCUGGGCGUGACGGCACGGUUCACUUGUGGUCAGCUGGUUUUGGGCGCUCUGCUUCUGUCCCCAGAGAGCAAAAGGUGGAUACUGGUUUUCUUCGCUGUCCCGGUGGAGCAGUCCGAGCCCUGGCGUGUGGACGUAGCGGAUGUGUUUUCUCAGUGUCUGAUGAUCGCUCUCUGAGAGCCUGGAGCCUCUCUACAGGUACAGUGCAUCCUCCUGAACAGAGGGAGUCUCUGAGUGCAGUCUGCUUCCUGGAGAAGGGGAAGCUGCUGGUGUGUGGAUUCAGCUCAGGCAGAUUGGAGUUAUGGCAUCAAAAUAAGCUGAUUUAUUCUGAUAAGGUUAGUGAUGGUGGGAUUGGAGCGCUGACCGGUAUGCCGGAUAAGCAGCUGGCUGUGAGCUGCAGUGAUCGCUCAGUGACCGUGUGGAAGCUGGAGCUACACUCUGAGCUCUGCACUGCAGGUGUGUUUAAGGUGUCGUCGUACACGCUGGAUAUUCCUGCGGCUCACCUGCUCUACAGUAACAUCCUGCUGGCCGUGUGCCGAGACGCCAGCAUUGUUGACGUCUUCUCUACAGCCGGAGACAACAGACAAUGCCUUAACACCUGGUUUAAUAAUACACAGCCUCUGGGAGUGGUGAAGAACGAUGCCAAGAGCUUUUGGAUUGUAGGAGAAAGUAAAUCUGAACUCCAGCUCAUCUUUGUUCUCUCUGUAGUUUCUGGUAGCUGCUGGUAUUCUGAUUUCUGCAACAUUAAUCUGGGCUGGGAGAAAGAAGGAUCCCGAGAAGAGCAUCAUGAGGAAAAGCGUGAGGAACAGUCCGAGGAGCAUCAUGAGGAAAAGCGUGGGGAACAGUCUGAGGAGCAUCACGAGGGAAAGCGUGAGGAACAGUCCGAGGAGCAUCAUGAGGAAAAGUGUGGGGAACAGUCAGAGGAGCAUCACGAGGGAAAGCAUGACGAACAGUCCGAGGAGCAUCAUGAGGAAAAGUGUGAGGAACAGUCCGAGGAGCAUCAUGAGGAAAAGCGUGAGGAACAGUCCGAGGAGCAUCAUGAGGAAAAGCGUGAGGAACAGUCCAAGGAGCAUCAUGAGGAAAAGCGUGAGGAACAGUCCGAGGAGCAUCAUGAGGAAAAGUGUGAAGAACAGUCUGAGGAAUAUAAACAGAGGAAAGUUUGGGUUACAGCCGCUACCAUACAUGAAGGCUUUAUCGUGUGUGGAGACGCCAAGGGGUACAUGUGGACCAACCAGCCGCCGAGCAUGACCAGCUGGAGCAAGAAAAGACGAGCUCACAGUGACCGGGUCAGCGUGCUUCGCCUCACAGAUAAAGCCAUUAUCUCCGCCUCUUCUGACGGGACGAUCAAACUGUGGGACAGAAACACAAACAAACAGGUGGGUCUGUUUGUAUGUGGAGCUCCGGUGGAGAUACUGGAAAUAAACGAGGAUGACCCCAGUCAGCUGGUGUGUGGAGAUGCCCUGGGGCAGGUCUACUUCCUGUCCUGGCUGGGAUAAUUCUCCUCUACGACCUUCCGUUCAGACAGCAGAUCUACUGCAAACACGUUAAUCUGGACAGUGCACCAAUAAUACAACCAUAGGCUUGAUUAUAUUUAUUUAAUAAAUAAAGUGAAAUUGAUUAUUAUUUAUAAUUAGGGUUGUCAACAUUAAAGCGUUAACACACAAUUAAUUUGGAUCAGUAACGCAUUAUUAUGUUUUUCACGCAAAUUAAUUUGGUCCAGUGGGCUAAGUGUUGCCACUAUGAUCUGGAGAUCGUUGGUUCGAAUCCUGAUUAUGUAGCUUGCCAUCGGCUGCCGGAGCCCCAAAAUAGCACAGUUGGUCUUGCUCUCUCUCUGGGUGGGUACAGUACAGUAGAUGGCGCUCUUUGCCCUCAUCACUCCUAGGGUGAUGUGGAUCAGCACAAGGAUGCGUCUGUGAGCUGAAGUAUCAAAACCGAGUCGCUGCGCUUUCCUCCGAGCGUUAGCCCUGUGAUGCUACUCGGUAAUGCUGCAUCAGCAGCAGUUCAAAAAGAGGCGGAGUCUGACUUCACAUGUAUCGGAGUAGGCAUGUGCUAGUCUUCACCCUCCUGGUGUUGGGGCAUCAAUAGCGAUAGCAGGAGUCCUAGUGAGUGGGUUGGGUAAUUGGUCGUGUAAAUUGGGGAGAAAAUAAGAUAAAAUAAAUAAAUAAAUAAUUACACCACCAAGUUUGACCCCAACUUCUACUGUAAUAUGCCCUAUUUCCACACAAUAUGUGGAUUUUAUCCUUGGUCAUAGUAUUAGAUUUUAUUAAAGGGCUCUUAAAGGGAGAGUGUACACAUUACUGAUUACUGGCCGUUACAUAUUUCCCCCAGGCCAUUUAAAUGGUCACCCUCCUCCACAUUGUGAGCAUGUGUGCAAUACCAAAUACUUCCUGAGAUUUUUAUACUCAGCAAAUUAAGUUCUUAAUCAGAAAUCCUUACAACCAAGCUGAGAUGUUUACAAUAAAGUAAAAAGUUUUCUUUA